CAACAGGCUGGCAGCAGAAGGAGGAGCCAGGGAAAGAGGGGCCUUGGCUGAAAGGGGCCCGGCUGGCUCCGCCCCUCAGGGGUAGAAACCCCGCUGAAGCCGCCGCCGCGACCCACUGCGCUCGCACCCGGCGCGGACGCGACCGCCAGACUCCACACACCCGCCACCCCUCUCUUCUCGCCAAUGGCUGACGAACUCUUUCAGCGCAAACCCUGGGACCCCGACGCUGACUCCGAAGGCCUGUUUGACAAGCCUCCCGCGGAAGAGCCCCCCGCUGCCCGCGCGCCCAAGUCUGCCGCGGGCAAGAAGGCUGGGCGGCGCGCGGGCGGGAAAGCGCAGGGGGCCCGCGCCGGGCUGUCCCCGAAGGCCGCUGCGCGCCCCCCACCUAAGGACGAGGCGCCGCCACUGGACGAGGGCUGCUAUCUCGACCAUUUCCCGCACCUCUCCAUCUUUAUCUACGCGGCCAUCGCCUUCUCCAUCACCUCCUGCAUCUUCACCUAUAUCCAUUUACAGCUUGCCUGAGCGGCCAGGGCGGGACCGGGUGGGGAAGGGCGCGAGGCGGGAAUGAGAGGAUCGUCAUUUUGUGUUUUGGAGACACGCUGUACCCCCUUCAUCUAGCUUUUGAUGCUUUUUUUCUUCCCUGCUUGUCGCUACCUUUGUGUAACUGUCCAUCAGUAGGAACGUCCGAAGCAGCUGCUAAUAAUGAAGGAAAGGCCUGUUUGCACCUGAAGAUUAGGGGAGGAGGCAGUCAGCACCCAACAUUUAGAAUCUCCGGGUGCAGUUGAACCCUGUUUAUUGUUAGGAUAAUGUUCCUGGACCCUACGAUUUUGAGGUAGGGCCAUGCGCAGGGAGCCCAUCAUUUUGUGUUUGGGGCGCGCGCAGCGAGUCCAACCUUCUGUUCUAUAAGGGAUGAGCCAGACCUGAGCCUUUGGCCUUCCAGAGAAGGCCCAGUGCGGAGGGUCGGCGCCCUGGCCCCAGGCUGGGCCGGAGCCCUGUGAUGCUGCAUCGCCCCCAGGAGGAUCCAGCUGUGUCCCCGCGCUGGCGCAGUCAGAGCUUGGGGGGCGGGAGCUGGCGAACCUGAGCGCGCAGCGGACGCCGCUGGAGCUCAGGACAAGGCUUUGCUGCCGCUGUCGCUGCGGAGCCGAGCUGCGGCCCGUAGCCGGAGGAGCUGUCAUGCCAGGAGGCCAAGUGCUCGUCGCGUCCCGGACGGCUUGGUAUCCGCUGCUGCAGAGUUCCUGGGACGCAGGCCCAUAGCUGAUGCGCUGCGCGGGAUGAGACCUUGAGGCUCCGGUGGAGUCCACGGGAGGGCUCUCUUUGUCUUUGGGAACUGCAGGGUGGCUUCAUUCUGGCCCAGAGCCCUUCCAGAGCUAUGCGACCCAAAACGAAGGGGUUGGGGAAUCGGUCAUUGACAAGAAUUCGUGCUGGAAAACCACCCGAUCCCUAAGUGUUUGUCAUCUCCGACCCAAAAAGGCCUAAUGCCAAACCCACCUUAGCAGGUUAUUCACCCACCUGCAUCUGUUUACUCUCGAAUGUUAUAUGUCAAAACGCAGCACUCUAAUAUUGCAUAUAUUGUACUUGGAAAUGUCUGUAAUUAUGGUACCUCUGAUGUAAUAAAUCCCUCUUUUUCAGACUCCGCUUUUCAGUUCCCUACUAUUUGAACAUUGGCUCCAAUAGUCUCUGAAAUUUCCAGUCCCAUCUGAUCCCCUUAUUUCAGGAUCCGUUCUGUUGUUCCCCAAAUACUUGGAUUACUAUCCCUCCAAUAUCGUGCUGCAGCCUUCCUUAACAUUCACCCCAUCGCUGUUGUCCACAAUAUUAAACUCACUGCAAUCCCAAAAUCAAUCACUUUCUUCCCCACUCCCUUAUUCUCCCCCAUUAGUCCAUUUUCUAUACCUUGAGAUCCUUGAAAUGCCCCAUACUUCCUUGAAGUCCCCAAUUCCAUUGAGCUCCAAUGCUUGACCCAUAUUUUCUUACCAAUAUUAAAUUUCCACUACUCUCACACCAUCCACUUGUCCCUUCAGUUCCUCAUGUAUCUGACCUAAUUUUCCUCUUAAUAGUUGAAGUACCUCAGGAUAUUUGGUCACAUAUCCCCUCACUGCCCACUGAAUUACAUGAUUACUGCUCUCCUAUAUUCAUCUUCCAACUGUACCCCAAUUUCUGGACUUCCAAUAAAAGGUUCCCCUGUUCAAAAUAUCAAGCCUUUUCACUGAAGUACUAAUAGACAGCUUUUUCAGAGUUUAACCAUAAAAACAAAUGGACGAGAAGUAUCAAAUGAUUUCACUUAUCUGUGGAGUAUAAGAAUGAAGA